AUGGAGUUGCAACUCCACAUCUGGAUGUUGAUUGAUAGGCGUUUGGCUUUAGUGGGUUUGGUUUUUUUCCCCUUUUCUAUGACUGCUUACUCUCUCAUGAAGGUCUUAAUAUGGAAUGUUAGGGGGGCAAGUAAAGGGUUAACUGCUGAUCUUAGAGAUUUUCAACAAAAGUAUAAAUUGGAUAUGGUUGCUAUUGUUGAACCAAGAAUAAGUGGCUCUGCUGCGAGAAAAAAAAUUAAAAGUUGGGGAUUUAACUUCUCUCUUAGAAUUGAUGCAAAUGGUUUCUCUGGUGGUAUAUGGUUAAUGUGGAACUUGUGUGACAUAAAGGUGGUUGAGUUGAAAAAGGAUGAGCAGUUUUUGCACUGUAGAGUUCUGUGGGGUGGAGAUAGCUUGUUGCUAACAAUUGUAUAUGGCAGCCCAAAUGAACAGAAGAGGCAAGCCUUAUGGCAAAAACUAAAGUGCUUGGAGGAAGAGAUUGAUGAACCCUGGUUUUUAGCUAGGGAUUUUAAUGAAAUAAAAUCACCCCUAGAGCAAAAGGGAGGUGGAAGAAUCAAUGAGAACUGUUUCAAUGAUGUUGAAGUAAGGGUGGGAGCAAGAAUAUGUUCUUAUCAUCAUCCUCCGAUUGUUGACUUAUACCCUGAUUCCUUCAGCAGUAGUAGAAGAAUUUUCAGAUAUCAAGCAGCUUGGCAAAUGCAUGAACAAUUCAAAGACAUGUUAAAAGAUUGUUGGGAGGGAGAAGAUGAAGCACAUAGCAAGCUGCAAAGAAUCAAGCAGAGUGUUGAAAAGUGGAACCGUGAUGUUUUUGGGCGAAUUGAGAAGAGGAAAAGAAGGUUGAUGAACAGACUGCAUGGGAUUCAAAUUAGCAACGACAAAGGAGUAACCCUUUCUUGGUACAACUUGAGAGAAAUUUGGAAAAAGAGUUAA